AUGUCGGACUCAGAGUCUCACGACAGCGAGGCGGAUCACGUCUCCGGCGUGCCCUGCAUCUCCGGCCAGCCGUCCUGCGGAGGCGUCUUCCUGCGCAACGUCUGGCCCUUCGCCGGCAGCGGGAAGAGCCUUCAAAAGAGCUACCUCCACAACAGCGUCCGAACCGACGCGGACGAAAUCCAUGGCGCGCAGCGCGACCCGUCUCCAAGCUCGAAAGCAGACGCUAACGCGGAUGCUGAUAUCGAGCACAAUGCGGAGCAGUCUGGGUCUGCAAGCGGCAAUGCCUCCCCGAUGAAGCGAGGAUUUCUCGGUCGCAUGCGGGAUAGAGCGAGCUCUCCUUUCCACCUGGCGUCGGACUUGAGCCAUCGCAUGAGCAGCAGCGGAAGGGAUAAGUCGCCGGGACGCGUCGCGGCUUCGAAGCGACGCGGCAAGUCCGAUCGCUCCCCGCAACGCAGCCGCUCUAACAAAUCACCUCUCCGCGCAACGGCAAGUUCAGAUGAGAAUGCGGCGCGAGACCAGGCGUCUGGAGCGGGUUUGAGUCAAGUUGUUAGCGAAGGAGCCGUUUUAGGAGAUGCUGGUGACGUGACUGUAGAGAGAGUGACUGUAAGCGAGUCAGCGGCGGUAGGAAUGGAUAUAAGCGGCGACGACGAGGCCGUGUCGGCGUAUAAGCCGAAAGAUGAGCCGAGAAUUGCGGAAGGAGCGCCGUCGGAUCAGGUAUCCUCGGAGCCCAGCGUAUCUCAACCGUCGAUUGGGCAAGAGGAAAAUCCUCCGAACGCGUUGCAACCUCAAGAGGAUCAAAUAGCAGAUUCGCCAACAGCAGCCGUGGCUUCUGCCGCCGCGGAAGGCGCCGUGCUAUCCGGCGCGAGACACGGUGAGGAGGAGGUGGAGGAGGAACAGGCGAUGGAGCACGAAAUGCAAGAGCUCACCGUGAGCGACGGUUCGGGAAGCGCUGGUGUUCCUGCCAUGGCGGUAGCGGUCGCGGGGGCGGGCGCAAUAGCGGGAGCGAUGGCGGGAGCAGAUGAGAAUCGGAGAGAAGAGGAGGCGCCGGUUGCGGAGGAGGGACGCGGGGCGCUUGGAGGGGGGAGCAUUGAGGGGCGCUCGGAGGCGAAUGAGGAUGGACGGUCCGAAGCGAGCUCGGACGUACAUGCUGCCGCGUCUCUUCCUUCGCGCAAUGACCCCCAGCCUGCAUCACCAGAGGAGGAGCCCGUGAUGCUGGACAGUCUCGACAGGUGUCUGGCGCUUCUAGGCUCGGGCAAUAAAGGCAAAGUCACCAUGGCCCUCGUGGCAGUGCUGGCCUACGUGGCAUCUGGUGACGUGGACAACAUGAACAACGUCUACGACGCCCUCCCGUUCUCUCUCCUUGAGGCCGCCUUUCGGGCGGCUGUGGCCAAAGGCAGCACGGGGUCAAACGGCAUGGUGGAGGAGGAGGAGCUGGUGCAUGCAGCACUGGCGGUGCUGGCGCUGCUGCUGCAGGAGCCUGACCUCGCCUACGCGCCCCAGACCACCCUGCUCGUGCCCCACCUCGUCGGACUUAUUCGCAACGGGUACGACCCAGUGGUGGCGGUGGACGCGUACGAGUGUCUGUUGGGGGUGGCCACGGGUUCAGAUGCGGGCCUCAAGGCAGUCAAGGCCGCGGACGUGCUGGGAGUCGUGGCGGAGAACAUUCAGCGCUCCAGCCCAGGGUGCGAGUCACUACCGUCGGCCAUUCAGCUGCUGGGCUUCCUGUUUAUGAGUGGCGUGUCUGACAUCGAGAUGUACGAGUACAAGCACGAAUUCGCUGCUGCGGUGCCGGCGCUGGCGAGGGAGUUAGCCCAGCGCACGGACAUGCUAAAGUAUGAAGUGCUCAAGCUGCUCGUUGCUAUGCUCUCCUCCGAGCCUGCGGAGCCGGUGAGAUCGGUGGUGCAGACCUUCGAUUCCGGCAGUGAGGGCAGGCAGUGGGCGCAUGAUAUCCGGGCAGGCCUGGCAGACAUUCUCCUGGACAGCAACGGGGAGGAGUUUCGAAAGGACGCUCUGCAGCUCGUGCGAGUGGUGGCCGAGAUUCAAGGGGAGGCCUGGCUCGUGGACACAGGGGAAGGCGAAGGAGCUGAGAUCGGUGCGAAUGGGUUGAGUGCGGUGCGGCCGUCGCCUGCUGACCGGUUCCUGCUGGUGCUGCUGCAGGCUCUGAAGGUGGAAAUGCCUCCGUUGUUACAGGAGCUGGCAGUGCUGACAAUUGAGAACGAGGAGGCAGCAAAGGAGGGUGAGGGUGGGGAGGGAGGUGAGGGCGGCGAGGGGGAAGGCGAAGUGGACGGCGAGGAAAAGGGCAAGAUGAAUGCGGACGCAGCGUGGGCAGCGCUGGGCGGCAAUCUGGACCGCAAGGCAGGAGGAGGAGGGCUAGGGCGCGCAGGGGGGCUGGGCAAGGGGGAGAUCACGCGCAUGCAAUCCCUAGUGCCCACCAGCGAAGACUGGCGGUCCGUGGUGAAUGAGAUGGUGUGGGAGCCGCCGAAAGAUAAUGACGAUGAUCCAUCGCUGCUGCAGAUAGAGGAGGAGAUUCCGGAGGAGACAGGUCCUCCUGAGGAGGUGAAGCGGCUGUAUCGGGUAUUAGGGGAUUGCUAUUGCCUGGUUGAGAAGGUGAUUGCGGCCCUGGCUGGGGCUGCUGCGGAGGUGGAGAAGGGGAAGGGGAAGGGGGGAGCGGGCGGGGAGGAGAAGGGUGGGGAGGAGGAGGGGAAGGAGGUGGCGACGCUGGUGGAGAGGCUGGGGGUGGAGACGGUGCAGGCGUGUGUGAAGCUGGUGGAUGGCAUCAUCAAGGACGUGCUCUUCUUCCUGCAACUCGCUCAGGAGCGGGAGCGGUAUUCACACGAUGGAGUUUUGUCUGCCAUCAAAGUGCUGGGAAGCUACCUGGCGGUGGCACCAUCAGCGCAUCGCAAGAGGGUGGGGCGGCUGCUGGGCUUCAUGCUGGGCGUCAAGGGCGAGGACGAGGACAGGCCGCUACUGGCAUCACGCUACCUGCUGCCAGCCCUGGUGCACAUGAGCAGUGAGCCCCGCGGCUGCAACACCAUCAUCAAGCGCGGCGGCCACCGUUUCCUCAUUGAGUACGUGGCAGAGACCGGCCGCACCAACAUGACGGGGCAGCUGCGGUCGGGGGCGGAGGGGCAGGCCAGCCUCAUGCAGGCUGCUGACGUCAUCCUCAACCUCUUCUCCCUCAGGCGGAACAUCAAGGUGCCUCUGGACCCACAUGACUUUGUGCCACUGCUCGCAUCCAUGGCUGCAUGGAGCAGCGUCAAGAGCACGGACCCAAAGAUCAUGUAUAAAACCCUGGCAAUGGCAGCGUGCGUCAACGUAUCAAUGCUGCAGCUUUCAUCAGAAGACAUUGUCAAGAAGAAGCUCGACCUGGCGACGUACAAGAAGCUGCCGGCGUCGCUGGCGGUGAUUGUCAAGUUCCUGGAGUUUGGGCACCGCAACUGCAACUCCUUCAGCAGCGAGACUGAGAUUAAAGAGCUCUGGGACGUCACGCUGGGAUCGUGUCAGGACUGUCUGCUGCUGUGGCCGCAGCUCAAGCGGGCUAUAGUCAAGUCAGAGUACUGGGCUCGCGUCUCCAGGCAAAAGGCGGUGACACAGGAGAGGUUGAACCAGGUGUGCAAAGACGAGCGACUGCGGAAGCUGCUGGCGCUCGUUGCCUUCUCCAACUGA